AUGUCGGCACAGUUGGUGUCGGCAAAGCCAGUAUCUCUGUCGAGAGCUGCUAAGCUCCUAAGCCGAUUUGCCGCAGUCGACAACGGCUCUGCCGGCGCCGUCCCGUUGUAUCUACAGCGCACUUCUGACGCCUUCAAUCACUUGGUCCAGUUCCACAGCAAGAAUAAGAUGAAUGAAUCUCAAAGUUACCCUGAUAUGAAAAGGGUUCAGAAACUGCAAAGAGACUGGGAGAAAGGAAACCCUCAAGAUACUGCCAAGCGGAGCCUGGAUGAAGGAAACAAGAAAUAUUCCAGGAUUGGUCAGGGAAGUGACGAAACGAUGUCAGAGAUUGUCACUUUGGAUGGCGUGCCAGAGCAAGAGAAAAAAGAGAAGAGGAAGAGGAAGAGGAAGAGUGGAGGCGAACUUGAAAGCGAUAAGAAGGAGAAGAAGAAUAAAAAGAGGAGAACUGAAAUUGACAACAGUUAA